AUGCAUCAAGCUCUGUGCAUUGCCGAAAUUCUAGACCAGAUCAGCUGGCACACUAAUCGCGGUUCACUUCCUGGCCUUGCAUUGACGUGUCGCACGUUUGAAGGUCCAGCACUUGACACCUUAUGGAGGAAUUUGCCAUCGCUAGAGCCGCUGGUCAAAUGUAUACCAAUGCAUAUCUGGGGCUUCAGUUUCCGAGGAGAAGUGAUACUGCUCAGGCCCAUCGAUACCAAGGCCUGGGCCACUUUUCGCAAAUACGCAUCCCGCGUGCACUCGAUCACACAAUCUGGAGAUCCAUCGCCCAUUAUUGAACAUAUUCGUAUAAUCAUGCUGUCUUACCCUUACCCAUCUUCGACCAUGUUUCCAAAUCUUCGAUGUUUGGCUUGGAAUGUCGAUCAAACCCACCUCAUCAUCGAGUUCUUGCACAUGGCAUUUGUGCCUUCCUUGGUUUCCUUGGAUCUACGAAUUACCUCGAUUUCGCCCACCUUGAUGUCCAUCUUAUCCACUAUCGGGACCGCAUGUCCUAAUCUCACCUCCUUCCGACCUCAAGUAGACGACCCGACAUUGAACCGUGAGAUUGCGCCCUUCCUGACACAGGCGAUAUGUCAGCUCCAUCAUCUUUCCGCUUUGACCGUAUGCGGGCUAGAAGAUCUAGGGAUGGUACACGUUACACAGCUACAGUCUCUCAAGACACUUUGGCUUUACAUAGGGCCAUCUUUUCUCAGACGCACAGGGCUGCCACCGCAGUCACUUGGUCUGGAACAUCUAGAACUCUUGGGUCUUCAAGCUAUCAGACUCAACCAUAUGACAGACUUCUUACGUUCUCUUCGGACCGUCCGGAGCAAACAUAUUACGGCCGUCUUUUCCUCUGACGUAUUUGGACAGCAAUCCGAUUCUAUGUCCGAGUUCUGCGCCAUACUCCUAGAACGAUGCGACAACGACACUCUCGAGGGCAUAACACUCUGCGAACAAUUUUACAACACCUUCCACAAUGUAUACGUCCAACCAGGCGACUUUGGCCCUCUGCGCCUUCUUCGCAAUUUAACACAUUUCGAUGUCGAGGCAGCAUGUACCAUCUCAAUCUCCGAUGACGAACUAAGCGAGUUAGUAAAAGCAUGGCCGAAGCUCAAAAUAUUCAGACUCGGCUGUUAUCGCGACCCCGCUAGUACUGUGCUGCCUACCUUCCAUGGACUAGUCAAUGUGCUUCGGCUUUGCCCUGAAUUGGCAUCCCUCUCUCUUGUCAUCGAUACCACGCAGUUUGAUGGCAUAGACGUCAAAUCUCCCGGAAGUGGUAUCCGUAACAAUGGUCUGCAAGAGCUUGUCCUCGGUAACUCACUAAUUGGCUCUCCAUUGGACGUGGCUCUUGUCCUCAGCAGUCUCUUGCCCAACCUGCCGGAGGUGAACCUUUCCCCUUGGAUUGGUGGCCCAUUGGAUGCAUUGUUCGAUAAACCAUGGGCGAUGGAGCAAUGGAAGCUGGUCAAUCGCUUACUUGGUGGCUUUCGCAUUGUAAGGACGCGGUAUUUGGGGCGAUAA